AUGCGUCGGACCGUUCCAAUCUGGUACGCCUUACUGUGGCCUCUCGUACUCUUGCAGAUACACAGUAGUACGCAAGCAUGGUCGGCGCCCACGUGCACGCGGCGGACGCUCCUGCACUCCUGGACGAUGGCGGGAGUCGCGGUCGCCGGCGGGUCCAACCCGGCGCACGCUGCCGCCGAUUGUUACGCCGACUGCUUCCAAAACUGCAAAGCCAUUGCUCCCAAAGAUCUCGGAUAUUGCAAAGACUCGUGUCGAGACUAUUGUGCCCAACCGGAUCGACGGGACGGUUUGUCUGGCUCCGUGUCUAGUGCCGGAGGUGAAGUGGGGCUCCUCGGUGGAGGAUUUCCGGGUAGUGGGACCGUUGUCAAGGGACAAGACAAACCCCCUUCUGUUACUCUGCCGGGACUAGAUUUCUCUUCCGGAAUUGGCAAGAAACUGAUCGGCUACUGA